CGGGCAACCCUGUUGUCCGGCGAAGCGGACGAGAACUGCACACCAGCUGUUCUGUGCAGCCUGUGGAUGUCGACGUGGUCGGUACACAUCGGCGACCGCACGGGCUCUCUUGUUCGACCGCUCGCCUGGGCUGAGCGAUCGUUCUCUUAUCUCAUCGCUUCACCACGCUCCUAGACGGUUUUGAGUACCGUCGAUUGUGGUGGGGAAAAUAUACCAAGGAGAAUAUGUGCUACACAGUAUCAAGGCAAAAAGAAUUCUGUCGUUCUCAUUGGAAUAUGAAAAACAACAAAUUAAAAUGCUGCGCUUAAUGAUAAAGAUGGAUGAAGGUUCAAGCAACAAUAUCAGUACCUCUACUGUAGAUAUGGAACAAUGGAUCAGUAUUUUGGAAGCAAACCGACGGUAUUAUGUCUCUCUAACACAAACUGACAGUUCCAUUCGACAUUUUGUCAUCUCUAAAGUUCCACAGAUGAUUUUCGAGCUUGACAGAAAUGCUUAUGAACCAUUUUAUCUAUCCAUUGGACCGUACCAUCACGGUAACCCAGCCCUUCAAGUACUGGAGAAGAAGAAGUGGAACUAUUUGAAUUAUAUUCUCAGAUUAAAUUCUGAUAAGACAUUGAAGGAUUAUUUACAGUUAAUGGAGGGUCUGGAGAAACAGGCACGUAACUGUUACCCACAGGAGGUUUCGAUGGAAUCUGACGAGUUUAUUAAAAUGCUUCUACUUGACGGAUGUUUCUUACUCGUGGCACUUUUUGGAAUUCAAGGUACAGAGUUGCAAGCAAUAGGAGCUACCGAAUUAUCUUCUGAGCCUGAAAUUAAUAUAGAAGAUUUUGAAGACACAGAAACAAGGCCCAUAACUGGUGAACAACUCUUGGAAGUGCCAGAGUCAUCGACAAAGACUAUGUCUACAGUUGAGGUGAAACGUCACAAUAAGUUUACUGAUCAUAGCAGAGAAAACUCCAUCACAGCUCUGCAGAUGAGUCAUAAGGAAGGUUGUGAUAAGUCAGGCCCGAUUGAUGUGUGGCUCACAAAUUUCCUUCUACAUGAUCUACUCUUGUUGGAGAACCAAAUUCCAUUUUUUGUUGUUAGGGCAAUUUAUGAGCUAUAUACAGGGGAAUUGGAAUCUUCAAAACCAGCUGACAAUAUUGGUGAGUUCCUUGUAAAUAUUGAGGGUUAUUCUAUGCCGUUCCCUGGAACUUGUAUGCCAAAUAAUUUCCACCAUUUACUGCACUUUUGGCAUCUUUAUCUGAGGCCAACAGAGGAUAGGGUGAAACCAGAGGAUCAUCAUAGGAAGUCACUUUUGUUUCAAUCUUUUUUUAUCCGAUCCUAUGAAAAGCUUAAUAUUGGUUCCGCGUCGGACAAAACAAAAAUGUGUAAGCACAUCCAAACCUCAAGGUUCUUACAAGAUGGUCCUCAUUUAAUUCGUUGGCGCCGAGCAGAACAGUACCAUGAAGCGGGUGUUCAUUUUCAGAAAAGGGUGUUUACUGAGAAAGAUCGACAUAGUCUGCUGGACAUAAGAUUCACCAAUGGUUCGAUAGAAAUUCCACCUUUGAUUAUAGCCAGUCACACCGCUUCAUUUUUUAAGAACAUAAUUGCAUUGGAGCAGACUUUCCCUCAGUAUGGGAAUUAUUUCACUUCUUAUUCCACUUUUAUGACUCAGUUGGUUACCAAACCUGCUGAUGUAACCCUGCUUGCUAGUAGGGGGAUCCUUACGCAUCAUAUGCGCAGUGACGAGGAAGUUUCGUCUCUUUUAGCAAAACUUGGUAACAAUGUGAACUUUGAUAUAAGUGGUUCUCAUUACCUCAAGAGCAUUUGCAUAAGGAUGGAAGAACACUACCAGAGUCGCAUCACUACACCACAACACCAUAAUUAG